UGAAAUAUGUGCAAUGUCAAUUGAAAACGUGUGCAAUGUAAAAUGAAAUGUGUGCGAUGUCAAAUGAAAACGUGUGCAAUGUAAAAAGCGUUUGCCUAUAUAAGCAAACACUUGGGCAAACACUUUUUACAUUGCACAGUUACAAAAUUACGUAUUGUGUUUUAUGAUAAUUAUUUAAUUCAGUAUUAAUAUAGACACACAACAAUCACGAUGGACUUGAUGCUUCAGGCUGGGCUCUUUUUUCUCGCUGUCCACAGCGUUGCUGGCUCCCAUCAACCAGUGAAAGUCGGACCCGGACAGGACGCCAUUCUGCCAUGCCACCUGGAGCCCCCAUUCCACGUGACCACUCAGAUGGUGGAGUGGAAACGUGAUGGACAACAAGUUCACUUAUUCCGAAGUAAGGCUGACAGUCUGGAUGAUCAGGACGAGAACUUCAGAAACAGAACAUCUCUCUUCCAAGAUGAAAUGGACAAAGGAAACAUCUCCCUAAAACUGACCAACGUAACUGAAGUGGAUGCUGGAAAUUACACCUGCCAUGUUCGUUUUAAAAAUGAAUACGGCUUAUUUGAAGUCAGAAUAUACAACGUUACCCUCAUUGUUGAUGGUGGUACCAGGACUGACCCUACCAACACUUUGUCCGGCGGGGACGUCACCGGCAGAGACACAGCCACAGCCGUCAUCGUCGUCAUCAUCAUCAUCAUCAUCAUCAUCAUCAUCAUCAUUGCCGCAAGAUUUACAUUUUACUUAAUUUCACCUUUUAAGUGCAUUAGCAUAUAACCUGAUACACUGUAAAAACAACUUAGAAAAAAAUUAAGACAACAUUGUCCAACCACUUUUUGUUAGUUUAGCGAACAUCUUGUUUUUCUAAGUUGGUAAAACUCAGUAAUAAACAUUUUGGUAUAUGCUAAAUUAUUAAGUAAAAUCUACAAAAUAAAUAAAUAAAAUUAAGUUCAACCAUU